AAUAUUUCAGUUUCAUAUUGUUUUUUUUAUUUUUAAAAUAACAUAGUUAAUUAAAAUAUUACAUAAAUUAAAAUAGUACAUAUAUAGAAUAUAUCAUAAAAAAAUGGAAAAACUUCCUCCAAAACCAAAGAAAAAAAAUGUUACCAGAGAAGAGCUUUUAAACCUGGAUAAAACAGAAUUAGUUGAAAGACUGAUACAAUUGGAGGCACACAAUUUACAAUUAAAGAAUAUAAUAGCUAAAAAUUUGAGUGAUCAAUCUGAAAGUGAGGUAAAUUUGAAGAAAAAGCCUUUUGAUUUCACCAAAUGUCAUUAUCGCCGAAUCCUACUUCACAUACUCUAUUUUGGCUGGAACUAUCAAGGACUAGCUGUACAGGAAGAUUCAAACCAGACAAUAGAACAUCACCUUUUCAAUGCUUUGUCAAAAUCAUGUCUGAUUCAAAGCCGGGAAACAUCACAAUAUCAUAGAUGUGGACGGACUGAUAAAGGUGUCAGUGCAUUUGGACAGGUAAUAUCAAUAACUCUUCGAAGUAAAUAUCCACCUGAGCAGCAGCAUACAGAUAGUUCCAUUUCAAGUGAGAUGCCAUACUGUAAGAUCCUAAACAGAUUGUUACCAAAGGAGAUCAGGGCAGUUAGGUGGAUGCCAAUACCAGAAGAUAAACCUGAGUUUAGUGCUAGAUUUGAUUGUAAAAAAAGGCAAUAUAAAUAUUACUUUCCUCGCUCAUCACUAAACAUUGCCGCCAUGCAGGACGCUUGCAAGCUCCUACUCGGUUCUAACGACUACCGCCAUCUUUGUAAAAUGGAUGUCGGUAAUGGAGUUACGGAGUUUCGGCGGGAAAUCUUUAGAGCUGACAUUACUCCUGUAGCAGAUGAGAGCAAUGAUCCAACAACUAUGUAUUGCCUCAUCAUAGAAGGGAAUGCAUUCCUCUGGCACCAAAUCAGAUGUAUUAUGGGAGUGUUACUUUUGGUAGGACAGGGGAAUGAGACACCUGAAGUCAUAGCAGAAUUGCUGGAUAUAGAAAAAAAUCCCAGGAAACCCCAAUACAAUAUGGCGCUGGAUGUACCGUUAAAUUUAUUUCACUGCACAUAUGAGUUGGAAGAAACAAACAAAUGGGUAUAUGACAAGGAUGAAUUGAGAUGUGUAAUAUCACAUUUACAAACAGAAUGGACGUUGAAUAAUAUUAAAACCACCAUGAUAAAAGAUUCAAUACAGCAAUUAGAAAUAGAAUAUGCUAAACUUUUAAAUGGCUGUAAAAUGGACAGUGACGAAAUCGAUGAAAAUGACAGAGAUAGAGUGAUAUCGUAUACUGAUUGUUUAAUACAGGGUGUCAAAUCUAGAGUAUAUACUCCUCUUUUGAAAAGAGAAACUUGUUCAAGUUUAGAAGAAAUGAUCGAGUUUUAUAAAAAGAAAAGAAAAAUAACGUAAAUAAAGGAAAUCAGAAAUAGAAUGUUGUUUUAAUUAACAAAUUAUGGUCAAUAGGCAAAAUGGGAAUUU